UUUAAUCGGACUUGGAGGUCACUGAACGGAGCCGAGGGGAAUAUUCCAAAGUGAAGGGUCUCUACGUAGGGGAAAACCCCCAGAAGGACUGCAAUCAGUCAUACACACGGACAUAGACUUGGUGAGUGUUGUCGUGAAAGGAUAAUUCAAACAUCGCGUCAGAUGGCGGAGAAAAUUGCGCUUGUUGAAAGUUUCCUGAACUGCCACGUGUGUUUAGAGACUUUCAAAGAUCCUGUGUCUCUUAGCUGCAACCACAGCUUCUGUUCAAGCUGUCUGCAGACAUGCUGGGAACAAGCCAAGAACAAAAACUGUCCCAUCUGUAAAAGAACAUCUUUAAUAGAUGUUUCAGAAGUCAACCUGACAUUGAAGGAAUUGGCUGAUUCAUUUGCUGAGAGGAAGACUAAUGGUUCACCCGAGGGAGAAAAAGAUCCGAAAAAGGACGAGGUUGUGUGCAAUGAACACCCAGAUGUUCCUUAUUGGUUCUGUGAAGAUGAAGAUCGAGCUGUGUGUCCUGUCUGUGAGUUUUCUCUCCACCAUGGUCACAAGUUGCUUCCUGUAGAAGAAGCAGUCGCUGACCUGAAGGAGCAGCUGAAAUCAGACUUAAAGUCUCUACAGGACAAGAGGGAGAAACACAAACAAGUGGAGGAAACAUACAAUGAAGUGAUUCAACACUCCAAGAAGCAGCUGUUGUCCACAGAGAGGCAGAUCAAAGCAGAGUUCAAAAAGCUCCAGCAGUUCCUGAAAGAGGAAGAAGAGUCCAGACUGGCAGCUCUGAGGGAGGAAGAGGAGCAGAAGGGGAAGACUAUCAGCAGAGAGUUGAAGAAGAUUCAGGAGCAGAUCUCCUCUCUGUCACAAAGUAUCUGUGCUGUUGAAGAAGAGCUGCAGAAACACAGCGUGUCUUUCCUCAGCAGUUAUAAACCCACUCAGAGCAGAGCCAGAGUCCAGUGCUCAGUGUCAGAUCCACAGCUGGUCUCAGGAGCGCUGAUCGAUGUGGCCAAACACCUAGGCAACCUGUCCUUCAAAGUCUGGGAGAAGAUGAGGGACAGGGUCCACUUCAGUCCUGUCAUUCUGGACCCAAACACUGCACACCCCUGGCUCUAUCUGUCUCAUGAUCUGACCAGUGUGAGAUGGGAAGAUACUAAGAAGCAGCUUCCUGAUAAUCCUGAAAGAAACAUUAAGUAUACCACUGUUCUGGGCUCUGAGGGCUUCAGCUCAGGGGAGCACAGCUGGGAGGUGGAGGUAGGAGACCAUCCUUACUGGAAUGUUGGUUUGGCUAAAGAGUCUGUGGACAGGAAGGGAGAGAGAUAUGCUAGACCAGAAUCUGGAAUCUGGUGUUUAUCGCAUCACAGUGGAAAAUACACAAAUGGUCUUGGCAAGACUGUCAGAAUGAAAAAGAAUCUUCAGAGGGUCAGAGUUCAGCUGGACUAUGACAGGGGGGAGCUGUCCUUCUAUGACUCUGAAGAUAUGACUCAUAUUGACACUCACAGAAAAGCUUUCACAGGGACACUUUUUCCAUUAAUUGAAACUGGAGCAGCUUUGAAUGCUAAAACUGCUGAAAUCAAAAUCUGUCACAGAGAUUUCUCUGUGAUGAUCAGGGAGGGUGGGGAGGUCUGAGUGAUCUAUUCACAUAAGGUUUCAGUUGAAAAAAAUCCCAGUUAUUUGUGGAAAGUUGAGUCAUUUGAUUUAAAAAGAAAACACAAAGAAUAGGAGCGACAUAAGAUGUCAUAUUUUUGAAAAUAGAAUUUCCACUUUGUAACCAGCAAAUAUAGGCAUUAUUAUUAAUUGUGUGAAGCAGUUCUGACAAAAUGUGCCUUAAUCAUACUGAAAGAACUGGGACAAUUUAGAUCCCUUGAAAUCAUUUCUUUCCAAAAGUGUUCAGAUAAGCAAGUCUGCAUGGAUCUGAUUUUUAUUUCAAAUAUCCUUUUGUUUUAGAUCAUAAUUAAAAAAGUCCAAUCCGACCUUAUUUAUUUUCAUUAUUCAUUAAUUAUUAAGGAAAUAACUGAAUUGUUAUUUAUUAAAACAAUUUAUUGUUCUUUUUAAAAAAAAAAUUCUUUAUUAUAAACCUUUAAUUUUCAAAAUAUACUAAACAGUGAAUGUUGAUGUUGAUUUCAGUAUUUCACGUUGAUUUAGGCAGACAAACUCAAACUUCUUUCAUAGUUGUGCUUCUUUAACUCUAUACAGUUGUACAUAAAUUGUUUAAUGAUGGUUGAAUAUGUACGUAUGUUUAAGAUCCAAAUUAGAGAAUUUAAAAAACAUGCAAGAUAUUUUCUAAAAAUGUCAAAUUAUAACAGAGAAUGUGAGGAUUGGAGCUACCCCUAAAUAUGAUUUCUAUUACUAAUGGAUCUUUUGUCUGAACUAUUUGUGAGUUCAGCUGCUUGUUUAAUUGAACAAUUUCCACCCUCAGUGUCAGGAGUCUCAUUUCUCUUCUUGUUCUAAACUUGUCUUCAAAUGGGAAUGUGUCUUUGUGUCAAGCUGUGGUCACUUUAACCUUGACCUCUAACAAUACUCUGCAUCUUUAUGAUUUAAAAGCACCCUUUCAUUAUUUAAAGCUGAGUUUAUAUUAAGUGUCAUUGAGAUUUGAAACAAUCAUCUGCAUCUGAGUUUGUGUUUGAUGAGCUUCAGGAUUCACACUGGAAAACUGUGGAUUCAAGUUUUUUUGUUUUCAACAUUUUUUUUUUCUGCUUUUAGAAUAUUCUUGUCUAAACCUGAAUGAGUUCAUUUAUGUUUUUUGACUUCUAUCAAUAAAACUCAAAGCUGUUCUGCCGUUA